CAUCGUUGCCGCUCCAUCUACAUGUUCCGCUGCUCCAUGCGCCUUGCCUUUGAUCUGAAAAUUGACUAGUACGUACGCCAUGAGUACAAUGUCCUCUCUCCCAUGCGGUGAGGGUUUUCCGCUCGUGUCGAGCAGUAUGGAAGCUUCUUGCACUCGCCUUUUGCUCAUGGUAUCGGGCUUGGCUCGGCCGACAAGCAACCAUGCAAUUACUAGAUAUGGAGUGCGCCAUCCUGUCGCUUUCAAAGAAAGGCAAUAUGGGAUACCGUUAUCGAAAGCCGUACUAUGUCAUCACGACGAGGGAGAGCAAGAGCCGGUCGCACCAACCCAGACUUCCUUUGGGUCAAUCGAACACCAGAGUCGGACAGCCUGUCCGCUACCAGACAAGAACGAGACGAGCUUCGAACCAUCACCAACCAUGCUAGGCAAUGGCGUGCUUCUCUACGUCGUCAACAGAGACUAUACAGCGCUCAGACAGAAGCUGUCCAUGCACAAAGUGUAGUAGGCUGGGCCAGGCAACACAACAUCUCGGAGACUAGCUCUGCUGAGACCUCGGCUGGUCCGUCACCAUCACCAUUGGCUCAAACCACUGGAAGUACAGCAGAGACUUUCGCAUACCUGGAGGCUCCGGAGGAUGCGGUCUGGUCGCAGGAGGCUUACCAAUAUGCAGUAGGGAGCUGGCUCCCCUCAGUUUUCCGGGGACUGGACGUAUUGGACGAGACAUUGGCGACUUCUCAGACGACGUUCGACACGAUCGAUCGCAUCAUUCAGGGCUGCCUUGGCAAUCGAAUGCAUAUGUUCUCAUUGCUGGCCACGAGUUCGGGGUUCGCCAAGUAUGUCCUGAGACUCCAACUUGUCAGACAUGAUUGCCCGGAGUAUUGCAUGAGUAAAGCACUUCGACACUUGCGGCACCACCUUUCAGGCAAUCCAGAGGCCAACGAACUGUUAAUAUUCGAUCUCGGGGCGCUUUCGACAUUUGAACGAUAUGUGGGCAACUUCGAGGGUGCCAGGACACAUUUCACCAUGGUACACCAUCUCAUUCAAACCAUGGGAGGAACUGAUAGCCUGGAGUUGCCCAUGCGACUACUUUGCUGCCUUUGGGACUUACUCACCGCUGGUGGGACGGGUGCAGCGCCCUUGAUGCCUCUGGUAUGGGAUCCUGGUCUCUUCUCGCGGGAUGAGAUGCGUGAACGGGUUCUGCCUACUCUCCACAGCAGCGGGAUUGCCCCUGGCGGAGCUGCCUUGCUUCAGUAUACCUCCCAAAUUCGACCUGAAUUUCAAACCACUGUCGUCGAUAUGGUACAAUGGUUUCAAGUACAGCAGUACAAUCAGAUCAAUAAUUUUGCAGAUCUAUCUACCGAAAGAUGGGCUCAGCAGCGAUCGUACGCGCUCAUGCAUCGACUGCUGUCCAUCUCAAUAGAUCCAACUCCCGCGGAGCUCUCUGGCCAACGCUUGCUACAUCUCCUAUCAGAAUGCAUGAGACAAGCAUUUCUGCUUGUCAUCUCCAGCAUGAUAUCGGCCAGACUGUCAAGGGUGCGCGUUGACGCGCACAAGAAUCCGUCGUGCGUUCCUUGGUCGAACUAUGCUCGACUCCAGCAAUCACUUGUCACACUGAUCGAUUCAGAGGAGGAUUGGCAGCACGAGCAUGAAGAGACUGUUUUAUGGAUGGCAUGCUUGGGAGCACAGCAACCUUUACAAACCGAACCCCAAGAAUGGUUUCCUGGCUUUGCCAGGGAUGUCGCGCAAGGCCGCGGGCUUACGACAACGAACGAGCUGAUGCACCUCAUGUCCAAGUAUCUCCACCGAUGCGAUCCGACAGGUUCCCCGGAUGUUACUGGGCUGCAGAGUGUGCUUGGUGAGGAGACCUGAGAUCGACGUACUUCUGGAACGAGGGUACAACAAUGUCGAGACUUGACGACAUUCGUUUCUGAAAUUAUUGGGCGCUGGUACAUAAAGAGCACUUUACUUUGAA